UUGACAUCCUCGCCAUCACUUGUUUUCUUCUUCUUGCAUUGAUUUUCGUUCCCUCGCAUUGUCGUAUUUACUUUUACCCCAUCUGCAUAUGCUCUAGGGUUUUUGCGUUUUGCAUUGUCUAUAUUUCUUUAUUUCUUUCUUUACAUAUAUUAUGUUCCCCGACGAAUAUAUAUGGUGCUUGAUUGAAACUGAUGGGUGGUAUGCACCUCACUGUUUCUGUUAAUUGAGAAUUGAGGGACGUUGUUGUCGGCAGAGCAUUGUGUUACAUGAAAUGAUUGUUGUCAUAUUUCAGUUCGGGUUUCCUAUGUAAAUCAAAAGCAGACAUCGUUGUCUAUUGUUGAUGGCAUAUGCUAGUUCUACAAGUUGCUCCAAAAUAGUGUUUUUCUUGCAAUAUAUAGCAUAUCUUACUGUUUGUUGCCAUUCAAAAGAGACAGCUGGAGGGAAAAUUAAAUGAAAUAGCUCUUGGGAAGUGCACUCACUUCACAUAGUAAACAAUAGAGCUUCCAUUAAUGGGUUUGCUGGAUAUUCUGUGUUCUUCUGUAUUUCUGUUUACACUGGUUGAGGCCACCAGCAGAUCAGGGAAUAUCUGGCCCCUCAAUGUUGGUGCUGAGUCCACGGGAACAGUAAGCUGGACAGUCUUCACUGCAAGUAUAUUUGUACUUGUUGCUCUUGUUCUCUCAACGUAUCUGAUAUUUGAGCAUUUAGCUGCCUAUAAUCAGCCUGAGGAACAGAAGUUUUUGAUUGGUCUCAUUUUAAUGAUUCCUGUUUAUUCAUUGGAAUCGUUUUUGUCACUAUUGGAUUCCAGCGCAGCAUUUAACUGUGAAAUUAUAAGGGAUUGCUACGAGGCAUUUGCAUUAUAUUGCUUUGAAAGAUACUUGAUUGCUAGCUUAGGUGGUGAGGACAAAACAAUUGAAUUUAUGGAAGGUAAAAGCCCAACAGAUUCCAACACUCCUCUCCUGAAAGAAGAAUAUGCAUAUGGAGUUGUAGAGCAUCCAUUUCCAUUAAACUGCUGUUUAAGAGAUUGGUAUCUUGGCCCCGACUUCUAUCAGUCUGUGAAAAUUGGCAUUGUACAAUAUGUAUGUAGGAUUUUGAUGAUACUAAAAAUGAUCUGUGCAUUGCUGGCAAUGAUCCUCCAGGCUUUCGGGGUUUAUGGAGAGGGGAAGUUUGAAUGGAAAUAUGGGUAUCCAUACUUGGCAAGUAUUCUUAAUUUCAGUCAGACGUGGGCCCUAUAUUGCCUUGUACAGUUCUAUACUGUCACUAAAGAUAAACUGGAGCCUAUCAAACCAUUGGCAAAGUUUCUAACUUUCAAGUCAAUUAUCUUUCUGACAUGGUGGCAAGGUGUGGCUGUUGCUUUUCUUUUUUCCAUGGGAGCAUUUAAAGGGGCACUUGCUCAAGAGCUGAAAACACGUAUACAAGACUAUAUAAUCUGUAUAGAGAUGGGCAUUGCUGCUGUUGUGCAUCUUUAUGUCUUUCCUGCGACACCAUACAAGAGGGGAGAGAGGUGUGUACGCAAUGUAGCGGUCAUGGCUGAGUAUGCAUCCCUAGGAUCACCUCCAGAUCCAGCAGAGGUCCGAGACGCCGAGCGAACACCCAGAGUGCAUCUGGGUAGACAAGAUGAGAAAGAGAGGCGUGUGAAGUUCACCCAUAAUGUUCGUGAUGUGGUUGUUGGGAGCGGUGAAAUUAUUGUUGAUGACAUGAAAUUCACAGUAUCGCAUGUGGUGGAACCAGUUGAAAGGAGCAUUGCAAAGAUAAACAAAACCUUCCAUCAGAUAUCAGAAAAUGUGAAACGCCACGAUGAGGAGCGGAGGAGAAGCACAAAGGACGACAGUUAUGUCGUUCCGAUGCGUUCAUGGAGAACAGAGUACUCUGAUGUUCAUGAUGGACUUGUGGAAGGAAGUGUGAGUGAUAGUGGUAUGCCCAGUGGGAAGAGACAACAACACUCCAAAGACUCGGCCUCCAGGAUGAAAAGAUAGUAUUCACCAUUUUACUUUGUAUAUAGUUUUUGCACAUAUUACAUAGGGGAAAAUUUUCUCACAAGGAUUUUGACAUGUAAUAGCAUAGUCAUGCAUAUUCUCAACCCAAGUCUUGCUUAGUCUCGUGCUUUCGGGAAAGGGAAAAUGUAAAAUAGCUUUUUCUUUUUUUUAAAAAAGAAGAAACAAUUACAUUUGUUGAAUAGAUAUACAUGAUAGCGUAUAACAUACGAAAAAAGAAUUGAGAGGGGUUGGAAUGUCUAACGUUUGGUCCACCCUUAUGGUGAUGGCGUAACCAUUGUGUGACCCGAAAGUAAUGGAUUGAGAAAUUGAGAAGAAAUUGAGCCACAAAGAUGUGAUGGAUUGUGAAGAAAAGCAAACAACCACUCAAAAAAUGCUGAAAGGAAGUGAAGCUGACAUUUCAGUCCAUACAAGAAAGGAAAAUUGCUUGAACUUAGUGUGUCGGUGAUGCCACUAAGGUAUCAUUAUCAUAGUUAUAUACCAGAGUGUUGGAGGCAAUUCUAUUGGAGUUGAGAAUAAUAGAAUUAUGCAGUACUACUUGAAUCAAUUAUAUCAAUAAAUUGAAUUUAGAUUCUGCAAACAAUAAUAACAAA